AUGGGCGCAUGCUUCGGGCUUGGAAAACCCCGCGGAUAUAAUCUCCCGUGGGAUGGAACCGAGCCAGCUAGAGGAUUCGAACUGGUGGUCCGGACCUUCAUGGUUGAAGCAGCCGUCACGUUUCUGGCCUCCUGUAAUCCAGGCCGACCUACCAGAGAUUCCCGCCGAAGCUCUAGAGGAAUAGUUCGGCUCAUAGCUUUGAUCCAACGUUUCGCGCACAACAUCAAGCCAGCAAACCGUGCGAACCGUAAAUCUGGAUUUCUACAGACUACUGAACUGAAUCAGUCUAUUUCGACUUUGGUGCAACUAGCUCAAUCCGAAGCGUUCCCAAAUGACGUUGCUGCGCUAAGUUCCGGGGGUCAGGUGAAACCGUACUCCCCAUUGAAAAAUCUGCACCCUGUUUUGAAGGAUGGCAUUCUGCGCGUCGGUGGACGUCUUACUAACGCUCCGAUCCCGGAGGACAGAAAGCACCCGAUGAUCCUUCCCGUGCGGCAUCGGCUCACUGACAGCAUUUUGCUGCACUACCACCUCAAACACCUACACGCCGGGCCACAAUUGCUGGUAGCAUGCGUCCGGGAGAAAUUCUGGCCACUGCGCAUCCGUAACUUGGCACGGAGCGUGGUCCACUCUUGUGUCAACUGUUUCCGCUGCAAGCCUACAGUCCUGGAGCAACUGAUGGGAGAUUUGCCUCCAGAAAGAGUCACGCCAACCUUGCCUUUUCUCAACACUGGCGUUGAUCUUUGUGGACCGUUUCAAUACCGGAAAGUCCGCAAAUCCCUAUCUACGAAGUGCUACAUAGCCAUCUUUGUAUGCCUCGCAACCAAGGCCAUCCACGUAGAAAUGGUCUACGAUCUUUCAACAGCCGCCUUCAUUGCGGCACUACAUCGCUUCAUCGCUCGCAGGGGUAAGCCCAACACUAUCCAUUGCGACAACGCCCAAAACUUCAAGGGAGCUGCUCGAGAAUUGGCUGAACUGGCCAUGCAAUUUCGGUCGCAGCAGCAUCAGGCGGCGGUUGUGAACAACUGCGCAAACGAUCAGUAG